AUGGAUGAAAGAGUUGUGGUCUUCUAUCACCAGCAGUGGCUUCCUGACCUUGAGGGUAACGAAACCUUUCCGGACGUUGGGAUGUUUAGUGUGAAUACUUGUAGAGAAGUAGAGGUAGUUUUAGAGCCACACGUGUUAGUUUUAUGCCUUUUGCGAAAACUCGGAAAAGUUAAAAUUAUUUUUAAGCCUUGUUUAUAUGACAGGUUUUAUGAUGGAGUUCUUCCAGCAGCACUAGUUAACAAGGUUAAGUAUAUACAAAGGAUACCCGGGGAGUUUGAGAAUACUAAUUCAGAUACUUCUAGUGAUAUCUCAGUGAAAAUUAACUAUGAAGAUAAUGAGUCAGAAUCAGAUUAUGGAGUAGUGAGAAACGAAGAGUUAGUUUCCUACUUUGUAACCUUAUUAAACUUGAAAAAUAACAUAAACUCUACUGAACUUGAAAGUGAAUUCUCAUUAUAUGAUACUCCACCCUUGAGUAUCAACCGUGACGUUCUUUACCUUAAAAGUGAAGUUGUAAUUCCCUCGUACAUUUACACGCACUUGAGGUAUGCCGUAAUGUACCUAAUCUGGUUCCAUCCUUUGAUUUCUCAUUAUACACGAGAGGUUGUUUUGAACUCAGAACCCUUCCCAUUCUCCUGGUAUUCAUUUCUUAGAAAAAAAUCACAGGUUAAGACCGAGUGUGAAAACUUUGGCUACUCCACACUAGAGAACACUCUUAGGGAUCUCAGGUUUUUUCUCCAAGGAAUAAGACUAACACUUGCCGCAAAAUUGUAUCAAUAUUCACAUUACAAUACAAUUAACUGGUUUGAAGGGUGUAUCUUCUCUAAUUUGACUGUUCUUUUCAGUCUACCGUGUCAAGAUUUGGAGGACAUUAUGAGUUUGCACAAGGAAUUUGAGGAUUUGAAAACUUAUUGCAUAAGAAUGAACGCAAGGUAUGAAGUUGUUUCCCUCAAAACGCCAUUUUUAUCCGGAGAUAAAGUAUCGGCUUCGCAUUUUAAGAAGAAUUCCAGCCUUUUUAACCAUCUUCUUAAUGUUUAA